GUGUGGUUCUUGAUGUUGCUUUGUGGAUCGAUGGAGGUUGCCUCUGGUCAUGGUGAUCCCAUGUUUAACCUUGAUGACGAACAUUGGAAAAAGCAUUUUGUUUUAUGGACUGGAAUAGUCUGCAAACAUCACGAUAGCAAUAUUGUUCUGCUGCUCAUCAGCUGAGGAUGCUGCCCUGUCCUGAACUCCUGAUUUUGCUUUUGAUCUACUAUGUGAUGAUUUGCUCUUCCUUUUGUUUGGAUUUGAUUCUCACUUUUUUCCCCUCUGGAAUGUGGGAACGCUGCAUCGCAUUAAGCAAUGGAGUGAGUUGUGGUCGUGCCUUGCUACUGCUUAAUUCAUCUAUCAGAGAAAUGUCUCUGUCUGUCAGAUGCACUUGACAGAAAUCUUCAAGCUGGAAAUUCAUACGGCACCUGCAGCCGCCGUAAUUAGAUAUGUCGGUUCUGUUUGUAAAAUUUACUUGUGAACUUUGAAAGAUGAAACGGGAAAUUCUGAUCUUUUUCCGUACAAGCAGCCAUCAGGCGUGCAACCGUACAAGCAGGAGCUACUGCCAUCAUCUAUGACUGUCAUUUGUCUGUAAUAAAGAUAAAGAUAAUCUAAUUUCUGUUUGGAAUUGAAACAGAUCAUGUCCAUCUCAAGACAUCUGAAUCAUAUUAACAGAGUUUUUGCAUAAAACCACACACCUGGCAACAGCAAAUCUACCAGACCAGUACGACUUGAGACACCGGCCACGGCCACUAAAAGAGAGGAGAGGGGCAGCACCAAAAGAGCACCGGUGACGGCGACGGCGACGAAAAAAAGACGUCGGGCGGCGGCGCAGACUCGCACAUGGCCGUUGGAUUAGAUGAUUUUGCAAGCUUGGCCGUUGGAUUCACCAUGGAUAGCCGCGGUCAUCCUAUGUCAACUUCGAUCCGACGUGUCGUCCUUCUAUUGGUGGCACAUACGUCAUAGCGACCGGCGUGCACAUCUGCCAGGCCCACAGGUUCCUCCCAUGGGCGCCCACAGGUCAGUGACACGCGCGGUCAUUGCGAAAGGCACGUCGCCUUCUACCCUUCUCCGUCCUCCCCGAACACUCCACCCAACCCAACCGGGGCAUUCAACCACCCCGUGUGCUCCAACCGCUCCUCGAUUUGAUCACCGAUUGCGGGAGGCCGACUAGGGUUUACCGGUGAGCGCGCGCGCGAGAGAGAGAGAGAGAGAGUGAGGGCGGAGGAAAGGGGAGAUGGCGCAGGCGGUGGAGGAAUGGUACCGGCAGAUGCCCAUCAUCACGCGCUCCUACCUCACCGCCGCCGUCGUCACCACCGUCGGCUGCACCCUCGAGAUCAUUUCGCCGUAUCACCUGUACCUGAACCCGAAGCUCGUGGUGCAGCACUACGAGAUCUGGCGCCUCGUCACCAACUUUCUCUACUUCCGCAAGAUGGAUUUGGAUUUUCUGUUCCACAUGUUUUUUCUCGCACGAUACUGCAAGCUUCUGGAGGAGAACUCAUUUAGAGGAAGAACUGCCGACUUUUUUUACAUGCUCUUGUUUGGUGCUACUGUCCUAACUAGCAUUGUUCUGAUUGGAGGGAUGAUACCUUACAUUUCCGAGACAUUUGCCAGAAUUCUGUUCCUGAGCAAUUCAUUGACGUUUAUGAUGGUUUAUGUCUGGAGCAAGCACAAUCCUUUCAUCCAUAUGAGCUUUCUGGGCCUGUUCACCUUUACGGCUGCAUACUUACCAUGGGGUAUGAUUGCUGGACAUGUGUACUACUUUCUGGAAGAUGUAUACCCACGGAUGACUGGCCGCCGUCCGCUGAAGACACCGUCCUUCAUCAAGGCGCUAUUUGCUGAUGACAAUGUUGUGGUGGCACAGCCACCCAAUGCUGGGAUUGGUGCUGGUGCAAGGUUUGGUGCUAUGGGUCUAGAUCCCCAGGCUCAAUGAUAUGAAUUACUUUCAGUGACCUGAGGCUGUGACUGAUCUGAGAUGCGGCAGUCUGUUCCUCUGCGCAAGUUGCGGAACUGUACAAGUCAUUGUUCUUGUAUUUAUACAGGCUAGAUGAGAAUUCUUGUGCAUAACAAAAGAUUAGUAGUAUCCGAGGCGGCCAAAAGUUUCUCACCUGUUAGCAGGGCCCGAAGGAAAUGGUUUCUGAUGUGCCAACAGGCCAAAACCCCUGUCGCCGAAACUUGUUCUUGCAACGGUUUAACAUCUGACCUACUACUCUUUCAUGCAUCAGUGAGUUUAGUCUAGGAAACUGUUCCAACCGAAGUUGAAGUUUGUUGCUUUGGCAGCGAGAAUUUGUAUGGAGCGUUAUGAUCGCAGAAUUGUGCAAGGAAUGGCUCCUAACAUUGUGGAUGCUUGGAUGGUGGUUC